UACUUAAAAAUGAUAUAAAAACCCUUAACAUAUUUUGUGAAUCGAAAACGCUUAUGUAAAAUAGCAGCUCAAGUCCAUUCGGUAACAAUUCACAACUUGAUUAACUUGAAAAUUAAAAAAGUGGUGCAAAUUUCAGGAGUAGCUUAAGUAAAGAGAAUAUUUUUCCAUAAUAUCCACAAAACAAUAAGAGAAAAAAAAUCACAUUCGAAAUAGCAAAGAAAAUAAAGUUAGUGAAUGAAACAAAAAGAAGAUAUUUCCAUUUAUAAGAUGUGUACAUGAGCUAAUCGAUGAACACGUAAGAAAGAAAAGAACAACAAGCAAAGCAACCGUUUGAAACACCAACUAAGUGUCUUACAUACGAGAUUAUUUUGUUUGUUUUAUUAGUUUUUCAUUGUCGUUGCUUGAAACCACAAAAAAACGAGACGCGAUCGAGUGUGCGUUUUGAAUAGUUCACAAAGAAACAACAACAACGACAACAACAGUAACGAUUCAAUCUUUGUUCGUCUUCAAUUGCGCGACAGAGAUAGAAAGCAAAUUAAAAAUUGAAGAAAUAAGCAAGCACAACAGUGAUAAGAACGAACUAAUGCCAGUGGUCACUCACUUUGAACCGAACAGAUACAAUUGAGACUGUUAACCACACAUAGACGCGCACAUACAACCACAACAGUUAGCCAAAUAUUUCGGACAUUCAAACAGAAUAAAUCACAUUUUUACUGAACGUUUGCGUUUUUGAAAAUUGGUUCGAAGCAAAAUCACAUUCCGAGUGAACACACACACGCGCGCUCACAACAACAACAAACGGAUAUUUGUAAAUGUAAAUGUCAAAGCCAACUGGACUGCGUGCAUACAAUACAAAUCAGAGCAAAUUCCACGCACAUUUACACAACAAAAAGAGUAUUGUGCGAUUCUAUUUCUUUCACACUCUACUAUUUGAUUUGUGAUGAUCGAAUAGUGUGUGAAUUGAUUUCUCGCACAUUGAUUUCAGGGUGAAUCGUCAGUAUUGUAACGGAGAGCACGCACAAACCAACACACACUGGUGAACACAUAAUCUUAUCGCAAAACCGCUUGAAAAGAUCGCUCACCAAAAAUACAAAGCGGAACUGUGUCUUAGUGACGCGCGCAAGAUUUUUUUUUUUUGUGUAAAACAAAAUUACAUUAUCCAAAUACUAAAACAGAACAAAAAAAGUGCUUAGAAAAGAACUUGACAUUUUGAAUUUUUGUGCUGUUUUAUUUAUCCGAUUUUCAAUGGUGGUAGCAUCAACACUGUCAACUUCAUCGGCUUUACCAUCAUCAUCAUCAUCUCAAAGUGGCGAAAAGAACGGAAAAAACUAGCAGAAAACUAUAAAAUACUUGCUAUUCGCAAUUGCAGAGCGCGCCCAUAGAAUUUCACAUCGUGUGUCGCAUCGUAAAUCACGCACAUGGAUUUAAUUGCACUACUCGACCAACCGAAAGGAACACAUUUAUUAUCUGUAUACGAAAUUUCGCCUCGUUUGCGGAAACAGUAGAGGCCAACAUCAUUACCAUAGCGCGCGAGUGUGGCAAAGCGACAACGACCGACAAAACAAAAAAAAAACCAACAACAACAACAAUAAAAAACGCUUACACACAUUAUAAAAACGACAAAGUGAACGAAAUAAAAAAAAGGGAAAGAGAAAAACGAAAAAACGAGUGAGAAAUACAUAUACCCUAAAGCAUAAAAUCGGCUGAAUAAUAUCAAAGAGCAGUGAAUAUAUCACGAUAGAGAGAAAGAGCGCAACCCCCUCAAAAAGGAGAAAAUAAGAAGUCAGGAAAAAUCAUCACGAUUAUCAUUCGACGAUUAUCCAGCCGAUUCUUUUGUUGUGACAUAAAGGAAAAAAGCACACAUCCAUGACGAUGGCCGAUGAAAUGGACCCAAUGGGUAAUGCACGCCAAAUGAGCGAAUUUCAAAUCAGUAACAACAACAAUUCGUUGAUCACCAAUCAAAAUAUUCCAUGGAAACAACGUAAGCGAAAACGUUUGUCGGCGGUGCUUGAUAAAUUGCACAAUAACAACACAAUAACAAAACGUUGCCUGAAUGAAUUGGACGUAAUCAAUGAAACAAAUAAUAACAAUAAUAAUCAGGGUGAACCAUCGAAAGUUCCAUCCCUUGUUGAUUUCCAUCGUGCUGUGAUGAACGACGUUGGCCGUGAAUCGGUUCGAUCAAGUGGUGAUGAUGACGAUGAUCGAACGACAAAUGCAUCCGACGAUUUACGAUCGAGCAUUGAGAGUCCAUUUGUAAAACGUGAACCAUUCAGUAGCCCGCUCAGUUUUGCUGUAAAUGAUGAAAAUGCAUUUAAUGGAGAUAUUAAACAAGAGAAUCGUAUGGGUGAUUAUGAUUAUAAUCAUCGUAAUGAACAAAAUAUCAGCCCAAUGGAACGAUAUUUUCCACAGAUGCCGCCACAAUUAUUCGAAUACUAUUUACAAACCAAAUACCUACCCGAUAUUUUACGUAUGCGAAAUAGCAUGCAAAUUUCAAAUUCGGAUUUAAAAAUGAAACUAACACCAAUGUCCGAUCAACAACAACAACAUCAGCAGCAACAGCAACAACCACAACAGUAUUCACCGCAGAGCCAAUUGACCGUGCUUGAUUUGCAAAGCAAAUCAAUUAAACAAGAAGAUACCAAAAUUCAACAACCGCCACGAAAACGGCAACGUCAACCAAAACAACAACAACACCAAACGUCAUCGUAUCAAUCGUUCGUGGAAAAACCACAACCCCCACAAGAUGCCCCAUUGGAUUUAUCCAUGAAAACAAUUCUUGAGAAUAUUACAAAAGCAACAGCGACACACAAACAAUCAUCACGUUCACCAUCAUCAUCAUCAUCGUCAUCCGUUUCGGUGACAAUACCGAAUCAAUGGCCAAAUCAAGCUCACGACCUAUCGGCAUCAAUACCAAAUCUUGCAAAUCUUCUCGUUAAUCCGGCUGCACAUUUAAACAAUCAUCCAGCAUUUACUGCAACGCACCAUAGUCAAUCGCCAAUCACAAGCGCCGCAAGCAAUUCAUUGGGUCAAGUGCCCAUUAUAAAAGGUGAUGUUGCAUCUCCAACAACCAAAGAAUCGGUUGCAUUUCGAUACAAUAUUAAUGUAUCGCCGGUGGUUGAAGAGAUGCCACCCGGCACCGAUGUUGCAUACGUUUGUCCAAUUUGUGGACAAAUGUUUUCGCUGCACGAUCGAUUGGCCAAGCACAUGGCAUCACGGCAUAAAAGCAAAACUGGAACAUCCGAAAUAACAAAAUCAUAUGUGUGCGAGGUUUGCGAUCGUUCAUUUGCCCGAUCCGAUAUGCUGACACGACAUAUGCGCUUACAUACCGGCAUUAAACCGUACACAUGCAAAGUUUGUAAUCAAGUAUUUUCACGUUCCGAUCAUCUAUCGACGCAUCAACGUACCCAUACCGGUGAAAAACCAUACAAAUGUCCACAAUGCCCGUAUGCUGCUUGCCGUCGUGAUAUGAUUACCCGCCACAUGCGCACCCAUGCACGAUAUGAAGCACAAAGGGCGGCAGCCGCCGCUGCCGUUGCAGCAUCCAAUAAUGGCAAUUCCAUUGAUACAGCAGCCAAUUCACAGGCCAACUACCAACGGAACCUCAUCGCGAUGCCCAACAGCAAUUUGUCCAAAGUGAAAAUAAAGAUCGAAGACAGUAAUCAAAGUGUUUCGCCAAAAACACUGUCACCAGCGUAUGCAGCUAGUACAAUCAUUAAAACGGAAAAUAUUUGUUCAUGAACACAACACCAACAGCAACAAUACAAGUAUCCAUCGAUAAAAUACACAUCGACAUUACAACGAUGGUACAUUUUUUUUUCUUCAAAAAAAGGUUUAAGUAAUAAUUACUCAGUGUUUCAUUUUAACAUGUUUUUUUAUGUUUUAAAAUUGAAUUUUAAUGAAAUUACAUCGAUCCACUUAUGUAUAUUAUAAAUGAUGUAUAUUUUGCAAAGACUGACAAAAAGACCUUCGUUUCUCACACACACUCACAUUUAAUGCAUAGCUACAAGAACGAGCUCAAAACAACAACAUUUAUAAAAUAUUCAAAGAAAGUUGUUUAAAAAAAAAUCACAAAUUCCGCAUAGAGAAAAAUAUAACUUACAGUUUAAAUGAGAGAAGAAGAAAAAAAUGGAAAAGAACAAAAAUGAAAGAAAUUAAAAGCCAAACGCGUAUAUUGAAUAUACAGUUACGAACAAAAAUCAUUGAAAUAAUAUUGAAAUUUUACAUUAAAUGAACAUUUUUACUGUUGAUGCACAUAAAAUAAUCCACAAUUUUUUUUGGUCAUUGAAACAUAUACAGUAUACACAAAUCAUUAAAUAGAUAAUUAAUUUUUUUCGAUCGCGACAACGAACAAAGAAAAAUUGGUUGAAUCAUUUUGCGUUUGUCCUCAAUUUGUUUCUCUGUAUUCGAAUUAAAAAACAACAACACCAAAUAAAAACAUUUUUUAUUUAUAGAUUGGUUUCCAAAUGGCCCCCCUUACAAAAAAAAAAACUCACACAAACGCUCACAUGCAAAUGAGCAUAAUGACAACAAUAAAUAAUGAUAAUUCCAUAAUUUUUUAUGCUCUGUCAUUUGUAACAUUGAAUACGUGGGAAUUUUCUGAUCGAUUUGCACAUUGGUUUUUUUCCUCUUCACGAACGAAUAUAUGGAACGAAGUCCGUAUAAUUUACGAAUUACAAAUCAAAAUGCAUCACUUCUUUUAUUUAUUUAUUUUGAAAAAGAAACCAAUAAAACUAAAUAAGAUAGAAAUACGAAAUUACUUUAGAAAAGAAUUCAAAAUAUUUUACAUUACAACAGAAAAUCAAUGGUUGUGAGUUGUUUAUUAAAAUUGCUUCAAAAAUGUGUGUCCGAAAAUCAGCGCAAAUAGAUAUAUGUGCGCUGAGUUAUUGUUUCAUAUCCAAUUUUUAGUAUGCAGUUCAUUGAUUUAUGCAUCAUACUAUCAAAAUUCAGAAGUGAAAAUGCUUAUUCGUUUUGAAUUUCAUACAAAAGAAUAUAUACACGAUUGAGAAAUAGAAAAAAAUGCACACAUUCACACUAGAAAUUGAAAAAUAAAAAUCGUCCGCGUGAAAUGCAUCCUUGAAAUGGUCUCGCUUUUCAUAUUGCAUUAUUAAAUCGAUGCCCGGUACAGGAAGUCAAAACUAUUUCAUCCAUUUCACACGCUAUGCAAACAUAUCAUGUUUGGUGCUUGAAAUUAACGGCAAUUGAACGAAAAUGGAAAAGGAUAUGAAGCAAAAGUGAGUGUGAGAGAGAAAGAGAGAGAGAGAGAGAAAUCAUUGAAGAGUGGCGAAUAAAGCAAAACGAACUAAAGAAAUGAAAGAACAGCAAGUAAACAAGCAAGCAAUGAAAAAAAAAAACGUGGACCAAUACCUUAACACAAAAAGUCUACGUGCGAAUGGCGAUGUGGUGCAAUGAAACGACGGGUAUUUAAAAAUUGCAUGCAAUAUUAUGCAGAUUCAUCAAAUGUAUAUGUUUGUAUAUGUAUUGCUGCUGGUUGAGUCUUAUUUGAAUAUUUAACCAUAAAAUUAAUAAUGCAAUCGACGUGUGAAUUGAAGUAGCAAAACGCCAGGAGUGACGCAACAAAAGGAAACACGAAAUGGGAAAGAAAGCAGAGCGCAACGAGAGCAGAGAAAAAAAUAAAGAGAAUAUGUAUAUAUGUACGUAUGUGAAAGAAAAGCGCCUCGCCACUUCACACAACAGAGUGAAAGAGAGUCUUUUGGCUUAGUGUAAACAAUAUGCAUGUGCAUUUGAUAAAUUGUAUGUGCUACGUUUUUGCAGUGAGGCAACAGCAGCAGCGUACGCAACACCAACCAACAAUUAUAAUAAAUAUUAAAUCGCAUAAAAGGCAGAAGGCACACACGAAGAAAGAACGAGAGUAGUCAGCGGAAAAAAAAAGCUUUACCGUGCGUCCAAAAAGGCGAACGGGUGAAAAAAUAUAGGCAAAAGCCAAUGUGCAUUGGUGCAAUUUUCAUCGCAUUGAAAUUUGUGUGUGAGUUUGAGUGUUUUUUCCCUCAUCGCCUUAAUUUUCUUUUCGUUUUAUUUUUGUUUGUUUCUAUUUUUUUGAGUUCAUUUCAUUUCGUUGUCGUCAGUUCGUUAAUCGUACUGCAGUAGGUGCACUAAAUUAAAUUGAGUUUGAAUUCAAGGAGUAACGGUGUGGCUUUUUUGCUUGAGAAUGUUUUUUUUUUGUUUUGGUUGCACAUUUCACCCGUAAUAUUGACGCUCAUAUUGUCUCUCAUUUUAAUUUUCUUUAAAACUUUCUGACUCUUGUCGUUUCUCAUUUUCAACACUCUCUACGGCAAAUAAUUUUAUCUUUUGUACAAAUAAGAAAACCGAUCGAUAUAUCGCCAAGAUGCGCUUUUCUAUGAAAUUCAAAUUGAAAUUAAGGCGUCAAGACAUGAGAUUCCCAUUUGUAAAUCGUACAAUAUUGGGAAAAGUGGAAAAUUUUCGGCUAACAAUUGUGCCUGUGUUUGGUCGCAUCUUGGGGAUAUGUCUCGAUUUGCGUAUAGCAUAACAAUAACAGAACAAGAAUAAUAAUAAUAAUAAAAAAGCACCAGUUACCCAUAAACCGAACUCUGUUUGCGAAUUAGGUCAAAUGUUCAAAACCAUUUUCGGUGAACGAACAAUAGCCAAGCAUAAGCCGAAAAUGGUCGAAAUUUAUAUAUAAAUUUCAGAGCACAUGAAUGAGAAAGCGAAUGCGAAUGGCAAAAUAUACGAAUAAAACACACAGACACCGAUUCAUGCACAUUCAUUUCCACAUGUUCCAACAACAAAUGCUCAAGAUCCAGGAUAUCCACGAGACUGAUACGAGGAUACAUGAAUGUAAAAUCAUACGCACACCAAAUAUGUGUGUAUUGCACAUGCAAUGCAUCUAUAUAUCCAUAUCCAUAUCCAUAUAUGCAUAAACGUGUGCAUUAUGGCAUUUAUGCAUUAACGUAUCUUUUUAUAGAUCUCGAAAGGCAUUUUCUUUGGACUCUCUAUUCGAUCAUAUUUCCAUCUCGUUUUUGCCAAAACCAUCUGGCCUCAUGCAAAAGGGUUAAACAAUAGCCGCAAUCCGCAUUGCGUUCAGCACAUAUAUUUUCAUAAACACAAAGCAGUCACACACAGGCAAAAACGACAACAACAACAAAAAACGAUAACACACUCUCCAGCACCAGUAAUACUAACUGUAACACAAUGUUGCUAAAAGCUAACAGUCAGUCAACUACCCAGUCAACAAUGCACUCUCUGUGUUGCACUUUCUUGUUCACCAAAACCGAAACAACUUUCGACCAAAAUAAUAACAAAGAACGUCAGAAACCGUAUAAUAACGACAGAAUUAAUGUUACAUGCUUUACCGAUAGUCGAACAAACAUUUCACCAGCUCAAAAUGCACAAUUGAAUCAAUUAAAAGUGGUCCCGUCUUCUAUGGAAAAUGAGAGAGACAGAACGACCAUAGAGAGACUGAACAAAUGCACCACCAACGAUGCAAACAUACCAUAUAAUAGGUAUCUCUUUUAUAUUAUAUAUAUAUAUUGAUGAUUCGGGUGGCUCGAGAAAUAGAAGUUUUUGGCGAAAAAUAUAUAUAUAGUUUUCUGAAAUUUUAUGACGGUUUUUCAUUUUUCCAAGAAAAACACACAGACUGAAUACAAAACCGACGAGCCAGCUGGAGUGAAAGAGAUAGCGAACGAAAACUACAGGCAUAUAUGAAAUAAAACAACAUAAAAAAAACUCGAUGAUACCCCCAUUGACGCUUUAUUAAAUAUGUGUUUGCAUUUUGUAUUUUGCCAUAAGGUUGGUGUGUGCUCAAGCAAACAUUGCUUGGAAAUUCAACGCAAAAAAAUAAACUCCUUCAUUCUCUCUCUCUUUUGGCUUUUCAUCUCCAUUUCUGUAUAUGCGAAGCAUAUAGCUUUUGUCCACCAUCACAACAACCACCUUCCCAACCAAGCGAACGAAAACAAAUAUAAAAAAAGGCAGCCCUAUUAAUUGUACUUUCUCACCAUUCAGCCAAAAAUGCAAUUGCGAUGUAAAGUUGCAUGUGCGGCUCUCGCGUUUUUGCCUGGCAACAAACAGAUAGAUAUGGCCACAGUUAGUGAUCAUGUAUGUUAGAGGUAGAGGGGAGAGAGAAAAGAAGAAAGGCGUCACAAGCCAAACAAUAUGUACUGUUUGCAUUAAUUUGGCAGAAAUGUUGGACGCUUCGAAGUGCUCAUUCGAAUUUCGGCCUGUACAUCAUCAUAUGCCAGCAAUGCAAUCCAUUCGAUUUGCAAGACAACCGAAAGCACUAUCAUGCAUACUAUGGUCGUUGCAUUUUUUUCGUUCAGUCUCCUCUUUUUUUUCGUCUCGUCUAAUUUUGUUGUGCGACUACUUGUUUUAUUUUUUUGCAAGCAUUUCUUAGUGUGUUGCUUUUUAGAGAAGAAACCACCAAACCAUACAAUGAAUAAAAGCCAGAGAAUUUCAAAUAAGCUUGCCGCCUGUUGGGAAAAAAAGAUUUAAAAUUCCGAAUCAAAAAAAAAAAAAUAAAAAAUAAAAAAACAAGUCAGCCAAAAAA